CGGAGAUCAACGAACGAAGACGGGAUAUUCGGAAAGAAGAGAAGAUUUCUGUUCGGUUUAGUGACAAUUUAAAAGACCUUUAAACAAAAGCACUUUAUAAAAUAUAGUAAAAAAUGGGUUUGCUGCGGUUAGUACCUUAUCUGAAAAAGAAAGAAGUGGACUUGUCACGAUUUGCGCUCAAGACAACCGUAGCUGGUGGUUUGGUUUAUUUCACAAUCCAGGAAGGCCUCUGGUCAAAGCCAGAAGAAAGUGUGAAAAUCUAUGGAAAAAUCUACAAUAAAGUUGCACCUUUUGUGAAAGAAAAUGUGCCAAAAGGGGUUAUAAACGAGAUUCCAGACCUGCCGAGUACAACCGAUAUUUCCGAUGUUUUGAGAAACUCCUGGAAUAAGGGUGUGAUGACCAGCAUGAAAUUUAUUUAUGAACUGCCUACACACACUUCGAAUGGAGUCAAUAAGAUUUUAGAGAUUCCAGCAAUUAAGGAGGCUUUCGGGAGUGUGAAGAGUGACUCAGUCACUAAUAAAACACAGUAGUGUUUACGGUCUGAUUUCGAAUUGUUAGCGAUAUUGCUCUGUAGAUUAUUUAUGUGUGUAAAUAAAUUCUAGUUGUUUA